CUUAGAUCCCCUGAAGAUCCCUCCUGUCAUCAUUCCUAGAAACUACAAGACUGUGAACCAGUGAUUUUAGCGAUUUCCCGCGAUCUAUUGACGAAUUUACGGUGGGCCGAAGUGAGAUGCUGCCCAGAUAAUCACCGUGACCAGUCGACAUGGAGGAUGAAGAGGAGGCUCUGCUGCAGCGCGCGCAGGUGGAGCGCGAGAAGAUCUUCCAGAAGUACGAGCGUGGAAGGGAAGACGGCGCUGAAAUUGAUCCCUGGGAAGACCCCGACUUCUCCCUGUACAAACACACCGACCGCUAUGGCUUCAUACACAAGCACACGCUGCCGGCGCGGCUGGACGCGAGCACGACGCGACGCAGGGAGGUGGAAUUGGAGCGCGAGAAGAAGUGGCUGAAGAUGCUGAAACGAUGGCAGCGCAAGGACACGCAGGAGAAGCUGCGCGGGAGGAUCUUCAAGGGCAUCCCCAACAAGCUGCGUCCGCAGGCGUGGCUGCGACUGCUCAACGUGGAGGAGGUGAUGAAGAGUUGGCCCACAGUGUAUCGCGAGAUGCUGCGGAGGGCGAGAUUGCUGUCCACGGAGGUGCGCCAGAUCGAUUCGGACGUGAACAGGCAGUUUCGCGAGCACCUGCACUACCGCGAGCGCUACAGCGUGAAGCAGCAGAGUCUGUUCAACGUGCUGGCCGCGUACAGCAUGUACAAUUCGGAGGUGGGCUAUUGCCAGGGCAUGUCUAGCGUGGCCGGGCUGCUGCUGAUGUACAUGGACGAGGAGGAGGCGUUCUGGGCGCUCAAUGUGCUCUUCACGGACGACAAGUACGCCAUGCACGGGCUCUUCAUCGAGGGCUUCCCGAAGCUCACGCGCUUCCUCAGCCACCACGAUCGCCUGCUGGAGCGCUUCAUGCCGCGCCUCAAACGGCACCUGGACAAGCACCACGUGGACUCGGUGCUGUACUCGCUCAAGUGGUUCUUCGUUGUGUUCGUGGAGCGCGUGCCCUUCAGUCUGGCGCUGCGCGUCUGGGACGUCUAUCUGCUCGAGGGCGAGCGCGUGAUGACCGCCAUGGCGUACACGAUUCUCAAGAUGCACAAGAAUCGGCUGAUGCGGCUGCGCGACAUGGAUCUGAUCAUCGAGUUCCUGCAAGUGAAGCUGCACGCGGAGUUUGGCUUCGACGAUGACUUCGUCAUUCGCACACUCGGCCAGAUCAUGUCGGAUCUCAGGCGCGUCAAGAUGGACCUUCCGCCGCCGCCGCCGGCCAACGAGCGCCCCAAGUGCGCCUUUGGUGAGCUCGUAGAGGCGCCGCUGGAGAAGAAGAUCGGCCGCCGGCGCUCGGUGUUCACGGAAACGGAGCUCAAUGUGCACAAUGUGGUGAUUAGUCGACGCGAGCAGCUGGAAUCCGUGGAUCUGUCGCAAUCCCACAUCUCUGAUGACCUUCCCGAUGAGUUCUUCGAUCCUGGCCUGGGCGCAAACUCGUCGGCAAUCGUGUCGUACAGGAGCGUGAACAGCCUCUGUACGUCCGUGGCCUCGAGCAACAGUUCGCUGGCCAGCUCGACGGAUUGCGUGACGAAGUUGUAGGCGCAGCAAUACUCAGUUUCAGUUCUUUUUUUGUUUUGCUAAAGAUGAUCUAGAUCUGUCCAGGCGAUCGGCGCGCGAAGUGUCCUUCGAGGCGUCCUUCUCGUCCACGGCGGACCUGAGCCUCUUCUCGGGCAGCUGCAGCAAUCCCAUGGACGACUCGUGCAGCCUCAACGCGAGCAUCCCCGAAGAGGAGGACAGGCGCGCCAAGUGUCCGUAGACCAUAAGGAAUUGUAUCCACACACAUUCUUAUCUUUUGUACUCUCGAAUCGCAUAUAUUAGAUUUUUCACAAAACACUGAAUUUAUAUGAUAAAUAAAGGAACGUG